AUGUGCGCAACUCCUGUACUCUUAAACUUAUAUUUUAUGCUUAUGUCGGCGUUUCGUGGUUCGCAAGGCCCUCAGGGGAUGAACGCUGAGUUUUGCAGGAGUAUACCUGUGUUCACGUUGAUGGAUACGGCAGCUUGCUACUAUCAGACUCUGAAUCCAUAUCCUCCUACGGACAGUCUGUCAACGAAGAGUAAAACCACCAACUAA